AUGGCUGCGCAAUCCAAGUUAUUUCCGCCCGAGCGGUCCAUCCGACACCUCUUCUCCCGCCUGGCUGCCACCUACCUCCGUCAUCGUAAACAAAUCUCCCGUACUGUGUAUUUAGCUCUUUUCGCCGCUCUCGUGAAACGCGUCCAUAAUGCCAUCUCCGAGCAAAAGGCCGCCUCCCAGCACCAGGAAGAACUGCGCCGACGCCCUGGAACCAGUAGUCUUGGCGAAGGCGGCGAUCGUCCGCGCAAAAAGGUCGAAGUCAACCGGGAAUUCUUUCGCAAUCUGCUUCGUCUGUUGAAGAUCGUGAUCCCCGGUUGGCGGAGCAAAGAGUUACGGCUUCUGUUUGGCCACAGUGUCUUCCUGGUGCUGCGGACACUGCUGAGUCUGUAUGUGGCCGAGCUGGAUGGCCGGCUGGUUAGCAAUAUGGUGAGAGGGAGAGUUCCUGCGACAUUCACAAACUCCAUGCUAUCUUAUCACCAAUGCAAACUCGCUCUCUCUUACCGCAAACGCCUGACAGACUACAUCCAUGACAAGUAUCUGUCGAACAUGACGUUCUAUGCCAUAUCCGCUUUGGACGAUCGGGUCAAGAACCCCGACCAGCUCAUCACAGUAGAUGUUUCCAGGUUCUCCGACAGCCUGGCAGAGCUGUACUCCAACCUGGCAAAACCCAUUCUUGACAUGGCCAUCUACAACUACUCUCUUUCCAAGAGUGUAGGCGGAGAAGGCCUGUUUAUCAUGAGCCUCUUGGUGCAAUUAUCCGCCAAUGUUAUGCGAGCCUUGACGCCACCAUUUGGCAAAUAUGUGGCCGACGAAGCACGUCUAGAAGGCGAGUUCCGGUUCCUGCACUCGCGUUUGAUCGACUACAGCGAAGAGGUGGCUCUCUACCAUGGUCACGAGGCAGAAAAGGAUACCUUGGAUAAGGGCUACUUCACUUUGAUCAAACACGUGAACCGCAUUCUUCGUAGACGCUUAUACCACGGAUUCAUGGAGGAUUUCGUUAUCAAGUACUUCUGGGGCGCCUUGGGAUUGAUCCUCUGCAGUAUACCUGUCUUCUUCCGCAUUCCCGGCCAAGUCACUCAAACUAUGGGUGACCGUACCGAGAGCUUCGUUACCAAUCGGAGAAUGCUGCUUUCUUCCUCAGACGCCUUUGGGCGUCUAAUGUUCUCCUACAAAGAAAUAUCCGAACUAGCCGGCCACACAGCCCGCGUCUCCUCGUUGCUAGAGGUUAUGGACGACCUCUUAGCCGGCCGUUUUGAGAAGAAGCUAGUGUCCUCCGCCUCCACAGAAGAAAACACAGCCAUCUUAUCCGGCCGCGGAGUCGUCGAAGAAAGUGAUUCAAUCGAAUUCACCGAUGUGCCUAUUGUUUCACCAAACGGUGAUGUUCUGGUCCGCAAACUGUCCUUCACCGUGCACCCAGGCGACCACCUUCUGAUUGUUGGGCCAAACGGAUGCGGCAAGUCCUCCCUGUUUCGCAUCCUCGGCGGCCUAUGGCCUGUUUAUGGAGGCCAGGUCAAGAAGCCCCGAUUUGACGACAUCUUCUACAUCCCUCAGCGCCCGUAUCUUUCGCGAGGUACGCUCCGCCAACAAGUUAUCUACCCAGAUGGUGUCCGCGAAAUGCGCGCCAAGGGCAUUACUGACGAUGAUCUCUACGAGAUUCUCUCGGUCGUGGAGAUCGCUUCCGUUGUUGAUCGCCCUGGAGGUUGGGACGCUGAGGAAGAAUGGCGCGAGGUCCUAUCUGGCGGUCUGCAACAACGGAUAGCCAUGGCCAGACUAUUUUAUCAUCGGCCAAAAUUCGCCAUUUUGGACGAGUGCACCUCCUCUGUGACUUUGGAGAUUGAACGGGUCAUGUACGAAACAGCCAAGAAGCUAGGUACUACGCUGAUGACUGUGUCCCACCGACGGAGUCUUUGGAAAUAUCACAAGAAGAUUCUGCAGUUUGAUGGGCAAGGAAGCUACAUCUUCACUGGUCUGGACUGGGAAAGGAGACUAAAGUUGGAAGAUGAGAAGGAGGAGCUGGACCUCCAACUUCGCAUGGUGCCAGAGUUGCAGAGGCGCAUGGCUGAAUUGAGCGCUUAGGGCCGUGUUUUGUACACGUGUUCA